AUGGAGGUUGCAAUGGUGAGUGCGGAGAGCUCAGGGUGCAACAGUCACAUGCCUUAUGGUUAUGCCGCGCAGGCCCGGGCCCGGGAGCGCGAGAGGCUGGCUCACUCGAGGGCGGCUGCGGCGGCCGCUGUCGCCGCGGCCACAGCUGCUGUGGAAGGCGGCGGGGGGUCUGGAGGGGGCGCCCACCACCACCACCACCAGUUGCGUGGGGCCUGUACCUCCCAAGACCCUCAGAGCGGCCGGGGAAGUAGGAGGAGGAGGCGACAGCGGCCCGAGAAGAAGAAAGUCCACCACCGGCAGAGCAGCUUUCCUCACUGCUCCGACCUGAUGCCCAGUGGCUCCGAGGAGAAGAUCCUGCGGGAUCUGAGUGAGGAGGAGGAGGACGAGGAGGACGAGGACGAGGAGGAGGAGGAGGAGGAGGAGGAAGAGGAGGAGGAGGAGGGAAGGUUUUACUACAGUGAGGAUGACCACGGCGAUGAGUGUUCCUACACCGACCUGCUGCCCCAGGAUGAUGGGGGCGGGGGCGGCUACAGCUCGGUCCGCUACAGCGACUGCUGCGAACGCGUGGUGAUCAACGUCUCAGGCCUGCGCUUUGAGACCCAGAUGAAAACUCUGGCCCAGUUUCCCGAGACUUUGCUGGGGGACCCUGAGAAGAGGACUCAGUACUUCGACCCUUUGCGUAACGAGUAUUUCUUUGACAGGAACAGGCCUAGCUUUGAUGCCAUCUUAUACUAUUACCAGUCAGGGGGCCGCCUGAAGAGGCCCGUCAACGUCCCCUUUGAUAUCUUCACUGAGGAGGUGAAGUUCUACCAGUUGGGGGAGGAGGCCCUGCUCAAGUUUCGGGAGGACGAGGGCUUUGUGAGAGAGGAGGAGGACAGGGCCUUGCCAGAGAGUGAAUUUAAAAAGCAGAUCUGGCUGCUCUUUGAGUAUCCAGAGAGCUCCAGUCCGGCGAGGGGCAUAGCUAUCGUCUCGGUCCUGGUCAUCCUCAUCUCCAUUGUCAUUUUCUGCCUGGAAACCUUGCCAGAGUUUAGGGACGACAGGGAUCUCAUCAUGGCACUGAGCACAGGCGGGCACAGUGGGUUGUUGAACGACACCUCAGCCCCCCACCCGGAGAACUCAGGGUACACGGUGUUCACCGACCCCUUCUUCAUUGUGGAGACGGUCUGUAUUGUGUGGUUUUCCUUUGAGUUUGUGGUUCGCUGCUUUGCUUGUCCCAGCCAAGCCCUCUUCUUCAAAAACAUCAUGAACAUCAUUGACAUUGUCUCCAUUUUGCCUUACUUCAUCACGCUGGGCACGGAUCUGGCCCAGCAGCAGGGGGGUGGCAACGGUCAGCAGCAGGCCAUGUCCUUUGCCAUCCUCAGGAUCAUCCGUCUGGUCCGAGUAUUCCGGAUCUUCAAACUCUCCAGGCACUCCAAGGGCCUGCAGAUCCUGGGCCACACCCUCCGAGCCAGCAUGCGGGAACUGGGCCUUCUGAUCUUCUUCCUCUUCAUUGGGGUCAUCCUCUUUUCCAGCGCUGUGUAUUUUGCGGAGGCGGAUGAACCGACUACCCAUUUCCAAAGCAUCCCAGAUGCAUUUUGGUGGGCCGUGGUGACCAUGACGACUGUGGGCUAUGGGGACAUGAAGCCCAUCACUGUGGGGGGCAAGAUCGUAGGGUCUCUGUGUGCCAUUGCAGGUGUCUUAACCAUUGCUUUGCCAGUGCCGGUGAUUGUCUCUAACUUUAACUAUUUCUACCACAGAGAGACUGAAAAUGAGGAACAGACACAGCUGACCCAGAAUGCAGUCAGUUGCCCGUACCUCCCUUCUAAUUUGCUGAAGAAAUUUCGGAGCUCUACUUCUUCUUCCCUGGGGGACAAGUCAGAGUAUCUAGAGAUGGAGGAAGGGGUUAAGGAAUCUCUGUGUGCAAAGGAGAAGUGUCAGGGAAAGGGGGGUGACAGUGAGACAGAUAAAAACACCUGUUCUAAUGCGAAGGCUGUGGAGACCGACGUGUGA